AUGAACAAUUUUAUAGACUUCAAGAGAAAGGAAGCUAAAGCUAGAUUAAUUAUAAAGGAAAGUAAAAGGACUACAUGGAGAGAAUUUUGUUCGAAUAUUAACAGGAGCACCCCAAUCAAACAAAUCUGGAAGGACAUAAAAAAUAUCAAAAAAAGCAUUCAGGGUCUUAGACACCCUUUGGUCUUAGGAAAUUGGAGUGAAGAAUUUUUAAGUGCUAUCACACCUGACUCUGUAUACACUCAAGAUGAGCACAUCCACUCGUAUGAUAGAGCGAGUCCGGAGGAUCUCAUGUGCAGGCCAUUUACCCUUGAGGAACUCGAGCGUUCAUUAAAAAAUAACCCAAAUACUUCACCUGGCUUAGACAAUAUCCAAUAUAUCAUGUUAUCUCAUCUUCCAUUGAAUGCUAAAUGUAUGCUCCUCCAUAUAUUCAAUCAAAUAUGGGAAACAGGUGAAUUUCCCCCACAAUGGAAAGAAUAUGUAGUGGUUCCUAUCUUACAACCUAACAAGGACCCUAAAAGAGCAGAUUCUCAUAGACCAAUAGCUUUGGGAUCUUGUGUAAUGAAGACCUUUGAGAGAAUACUCAAGUUCAGAUUGGAAUGGUGGAUGGAAUCAAAAGAUAUGUUUCCCCGGAUACAAUUCGGUUUCAGGAAGGGACAUUCUACACAGGAUAAUGUUGCGGCUCUCAUAACAGACAUCUACACUGCCAAUACUCAUGGAGAAUACCUCAUGGCCGUGUUUGCUGAUGUGAAGAAAGCUUAUGAUAAUAUUUCACUACAAGACAUGAGAAGAGAAAUCAUAAAUAUUGGCCUAAGCAAUAAAUUUUCCAAACUAGUCUUCAAUUUAUAUAACAACAGAAAAAUCUUCUUGAGAGUAGGAUCAACUAUUCUGGGCCCUCGGAUCACCAGCAGAGGACUACCACAAGGCGGAAUACUAUCCCCAUUACUCUUUGUAAUAGUAUUCCAUAGAUUGGAAAAAAUAUUCUGUCCAUCCUUAAAAAUCCUUCAGUAUGCUGACGAUAUCCUUCUGUAUGUGGCAUCUAAGACAUUUGAAGAAUGUCGAAACCUGCUUUCUGUAGCUCUGAAUGUAUUUGAAAAAUAUCUAUUCCUGAAAGGUCAGGAAUUAUCUCAGAGCAAAACAGUUGUUUGCACAUUCACGAAGAAAACGUCGUUCGAUCCUCCAGAAUUAAUAAACCUCAAUAAUAAAAUAUAUUCUCAUGUCAAAUCUUUAAAAUUCCUAGGAAUCACUUUAGAUAGAAAACUUCUUUGGAGAGAUCACAUCGACAGACUUAGAUUAGAAUUAAACCAAUCCAUUAACAUCCUGAGAAGCAUUUGUCAUCCAAAAUGGGGUGCAGACCAAAACAUUUCUAUUAUGUUAUAUAACAACUUAAUUCGCUCAAAAAUCGAUUAUGGAUGUUACUUUUAUGGAAGCGCCUCUGAAAUUCAUCUGAAAAAGAUAGAUAUUCUCCAGAGAAAGGCUAUUAAAAUCUGUCUCGGACUCCUCAACUGCACCACAAAUGAAGUGGUGCUCUCAGAGGCGGGAGAACUUCCCUUGAACUUCAGAAGAAAAUUUCUUACUUGCAAGUUUCUUAUCAAGAAAGAUACUUCUUCUCCUGAUUUUAUGAAAAAACUACAUCAAUUAUACAUUUUAACACUCACUAAUCGAUACUGGAAAAUAAAAAAAGAUCCUUUCCUUAUUAAAUGUUAUGAAGAGCUCAUUAACACGCAGGACAAUACUUUCAAAUCAUCUAAAUUGAUAAUUUACUCAACUGACUUUGAUGUACUAUUGCAAAGAGUUGAUACAUGCUUACCCAACUAUAAACCUGGUUCAGAAAUAGUGGAUUUCAAAUUGGUUAUGAACAACCAUUUUGCGGGCUUUUAUCACAUUUAUACUGAUGCUUCUAAACUGGACAAUAAAGUGGGAUGUGCAAUAUAUGAUAUGACAUCAGGAACUUCAGUGAAGAAAUCAUUGUGCGGAUCAUUCUCAGUAUACACCGCUGAAAUGAUAGCAAUAGAGAUGGCACUCAAGUAUAUUUUAUCUGAAAAUAGCAGUAUACCAUCCAAUAAUUUUGCCAUUCUAUCUGAUAGCCGUAGUGCUAUCCACUCACUCAGAAAGAUGAAGCUCGACUCCAAUUUUAGCCAUAUACAUGCAGAGAUACUUAAAACCUUAUUCUCAUUGAGACAAAUCAAUAAAAAUAUAUAUUUCGUCUGGGUCAAAGCUCACGUCGGUAUUUUCGGCAACGAGAUGGUUGACAAGAUGGCAAAAGAAGCGACAUUGUUGCCACCACUUUAUGAUGAUAAAGGAACCCAUACUGAUAUGUUCCCUGUGAUAAAGAGGUCCUGUGAAAGCUUAUGGUCUCAAACUUUCAGAGAUAUACAAAAGGGAAAAUAUUAUAAAAACAUAGAACCAACUCCCCUCCAUAAAAGAUGGUUUCAGUAUAGCACAAGAGGAAGAAAGUUCAUAAGAAUUAUGUGUCGUCUGAGGAGUGGACAUGGUCUCAGCUUUCAAUAUCUACAUAAGAUCGGUGCUCGAGAAAGUUCCUUAUGCGAUUGUGGUAGCGAAGGAACUUUGGAACAUAUGGUGCUUCAUUGUGAGAACGACAGACAUCAUCACGAUAAUCUAAUGUCAAAAUUGAGCCGUCACCUAUCUCAACUGCAGCCUUACAGUCUUGGCUUUCUGUUAGGAUUGAAGGACGAAUUUGUAUACAAUCUAUUAUAUGAGCAUAUAUGUGGGAUGGGAUUGAAGAUAUAA